UGCAGCACCAGCAUUCAGCGCUCACAUAACCUACACAUCAACUUCACACAGUCUAUUACAGGACUCACCCUGAGCUCAGGAUUCAUCUCCACCAGAGCAGAAUGAUAGGAGUAGGUAUGCCUGGUGUUCAUACUGGAGCUCUGCUGGAAAAUCAUCACUCUAACGGGCAGAAUGCGGCCUCAUCCAAAGUCAUGUUGGCGUACAAAAGUGCCUCACAGCACCUGGGGUCCGCGGGCAUUAAAGCGGGUCUGGGAAUGCUCAAAUUGGUCUCAUCUCAGUGGAAACAGGAGAAGCAGACGUGCUUAGAUUCAGCGCUGCGACUUCAGAAUGGCAGCAGUAGUUUCCAAUGCAAACGGUCUCCUCUUGACCAUUUGGCUGCUCUGAUUCUUCAAAGCCAUGCACAGCACAGGCACAUUGCCCAGGACCUGCGAACAGAUUCCACUGUGUACACAACAAAGCCACAGAACUGCAAGCGCAUUGUAGUUCUUGGUGCGCCGCGCGUCGGCAAAACCUCCAUCUUAAGACGAUACCUUCGAGAUGGAUUUGUGGAAGAGUACAACCCGACCUCUGAGGACUUUCUCCGAAAACUGUUCCGUAUACGCGGAGAGACUUACCAGAUUGACAUCCUGGACGCGUCUAAGGAAAGAGACUUCCCUGCCAAACGGAGGCUAUCUAUCCUGACCGGAGACAUCUUUCUUCUGGUUUUCAGUGUAGAUGACCGCAGCUCUUUUGAAGAAGUGUGUGCUCUGCAAACUGAAAUACUGGCAGCAAAAUCCAAACUCCCAAAACCAUGUUUACCAGAUCAGCGCGCACUGGUGCCCUUGGUGGUGUGCGCAAACAAAGUGGACCUCCAUGAGUCCGAGAGAAAGGUGUCUCCCACAGAAUUUUUUCAAGAAUUUGGAAACGACUGUGAAUACUUUGAAACGUCUGCAAAAGACAGCACUAAUCUGGAAAAAGUGUUUGAAACCCUCGCGAAGAGAGGUGGCCUCCCGGCAGAGACUGGUCCGUCCCAGCACCGCAAGGUCUCUCUCCGUUCAUAUCAAGCCAUGCGCACAAGCCGUGCGCAUUGGAAAGGGAACCAAGAGCCAGGGCGAGACGAUCCGUGCGGUGCGCUUUAUCCUUUGGCCCGUAGGCCCAGCUUCAGCACGGAUCUGAGACAUGUUAUUGGACCGCAUGCCACAGGGAAACCCAACAAAGCACUUGAAAAAUGUCAGAUUCAAUGAGUUAUGCUUUGAAUUAUAAUAAAUAAAUGAAUAAAUAAAA